AUGCCUUGCUUUAAGGGACUAGCGGUGAGCAUACAUACACCCAAUGGCCCGCUGCCAGAAUACUCUGUUCAAAAGCAAUCAAGAUUAUCUCGCAUCAGCACAUACAUCCCAGUCCCACCUCCUAAAGUUCCCACCGAUGCAUCGUCGACCAAGCCAGAGCCUUCAUCCUUCGCCAUUUCGAUAACGUUGCUCACGCCAGGUCAAGAUGUCCCUUACUCAACACCCAAGUCGAGCAUCACAGAUCCGAAUCCCAAACCACGAGUUGUUGGAGGAUUGCCUGGUCACGGCGACGAGCGCGGAAAAUACAUAGGUGGCAUCGGCCCUUACGUGCCUUUGACCACAAGUCCUAACGAGACGAUCGCUGCAUACAUCUACUUCGAUGGUCGUGCGAAGGAGGAAGUUGCGACUCUACUCAGAAAAGGUGAAGAGACCUGGGUUAAUUCCCGUUGGGUCAGUGUACCAGACUCGGAAGGUGGUGGUCUUGCCGAACGAGAGUUCCUCUUUCGAGAAGUUGGACUCGAGCGAUGGCUGAAUGGCUUGGACCUCGAGGGCAAAGAUGCUGCCGCUACCAUUGAGAAGCGCAAACAGAAGCUCGAGAGACGUCGACGGAAGAGAAAGGAGAAAGCUACCUCAGACGACGAAGCCAAUGGUGUCAAGACGGAGAGAAGGAAGAGCACUCUGCGUUAUGGAGCAGACGGUCAGCUGGAGAACAUAUCAGACGACUCAAUGAGCGACGGCUCUGACAGCUCUGACGACGAAGAGCUCCAAAUGCCCGAGGCAUCAGGUCAGAUCAAGGUUGCCUUGUUCCGAGUACUGGCAAGUGGCGAGAUCAAGCGUGGCGAGUACUCUCCACAAUUCGGCGCUCAUGAUGAUGAUGAAGAUUCCGACAACAAAGAGUCCAACGGGGACAGCAAAGCUGAUGUCGACCAUACCACAAGUUUUGCGAAACCUAAGACACUCGAUCCCAAGACCAUCUCGACCCAGACAGUCACCGGUAUUGAUCCGACUGACAAGCCUUACGCUGUUUUCACUUUCCUCUACCGUGGCGAACGACAGCUGCAGAAGAUGGGUAUACUGAGCGGACCGAAGGGAGACAAAGCGACACCUGCGUCCAAACGCAAGAGCUUGAUUGGCGAGAUCCCAAAGCUGGGGCCGUUGAAGAAGGAGGGAACUGCUGGCUUCUCCCAAUUCCGUGAUCGAGAUGGCCGCAAGAGCAAGAGAGACGAUCCUGAUGAGAUGGAGAGCGAUGAGGACAACGAAGAAGGCAACAUCAUCGGCAAGAUGGACGACAUCAACGACGCCGAUGUCAAGAACCCAUCUAUGCUGUCGCCAGAGGAUGCUGAGCGGACCGGUGCAGUAGCGGAAGCAUCCGGAAAAUCAAGCAAUGGUGCGAACGAAGCGAGAAAGUCCUCCAAAUCCGGAUCUACCUCUAACUCUCCAUCUUCUACACCCAACUUAGGCCUCGAUGCCUUGGGUACUUCGCCUGCACAAGGUCAAUUGGCAGACGUCAAGAAAGAAGAUGAAUUCAUGGUCGGCAGCCCCCUCAAGAAGCAACGAAGCAGCAUGGCCGACUUUGACGAUGAUUUCAAGCGCCGACUCCAGAGAGGUCUUGCAGCACAAGCGAUUGGCGAUGUUCUUGGAUCCGGCAGCAAGGAUUCGGGAGUAUCUGGGUUGCAAUUUGGGGCGAGUCUGGGCAAGAAGCCUGCCGACAACGACGAUGACGAAUUAUAA